UCAUGGAAGUUGAUGGAAAUGGAGAGCAUGUUGUUGAUGGGAUUGAAGAGCAAGCUUUCAAUGAAACUGUCGACAAUGAUUCAUGUGCUGUUGAGGUUAAUGAUAAAGAACCAUACACUGGAAUGAAAUUUGGUUCACAAGAAAAUGCUCAUUCAUUUUACAGGGAUUAUGCUAAAGUUGUCGGGUUUGGAAUAUCAACUAAACAUAGUCGUCGUUCAAAAGCUUCGAGACAGUUUAUUGAUGUGACUUAUGCUUGCACAAGAUAUGGGAAGCAGCGGGAAUCCAUUGCACAAAAUCCACGUCCUUGUUUGAAGGUGGAAUGUGAGGCUAGCUUACGUAUAAAAAGAAAUUGUGACGGAAACUGGAUUGUUCACAAUUUCAUUAAACAUCAUAACCAUGAACUUUUUCCAGGAUAUGCACAUUAUUUUCCUUGUCAUAGAGGAAUCAAUAAAGCUCAAAAGCAUUGUAUUGAAAAUUGGCAACAUGCUGGAGUGAGAACAAGCCAAAUUUACGAUGCAAUGGCCAAACAACAUGGAGGAUAUGAAAACAUUGGUUGCUUGGAGAAAGAUAUCAGAAAUCAUUUAGAUAAAGGUCGGCGCUUGGCUUUAGAAUCAGGAGAUGCAAAUGCAAUGUUGGAGUGUUUUAUGCACAUGCAAGAAGAAAACCCAAAAUUCUUUUAUGCAAUAGAUUUGGAUGAUGAGGAUCGUAUAAAAAAUGUAUUUUGGGUUGAUGCAAAAGGUAGAGAUGACUAUCAAGAGUUUGGAGAUGUGAUUUCGUUUGAUACCACAUAUAUCACAAAUAAGUACAAAAUGCCAUUUGCUCCUUUUAUUGGUGUAAACAAUCACUUUCAAUCAAGGUUACUUGGUUGUGCAUUACUCUCAGAUGAGUCCACACAUACUUUCACAUGGUUGAUGAAAACAUGGCUCAGAGCAAUGGGUGGAAAACCUCCGAGUGAUCCUCAAGAGAAAAAAACAAAAGGUGCUCCAAGAAGAAUUAAGAGUGGAAUAGAGAAAGGUCGUAAAAGAACAUCUAAUGAUAAAAAAAAGAAGGCAAAUCAAGAGUGUUCGAGGAGUUAAUAAAGUUGUUUUAGAGAUUUGUUUUGU